AUGGCACCUGGACUACACGUGGAGAUCCUUAAGAACAAGUCUAUUUCCUUCGUAAGCGAGGAUGGAUCGAACGGUAUUAACGCAGAUGACGACGAAGAUUUCGUAACCUUCAAGUACUAUCACAGCACCCGUGUUUUAGGUAAAUUAUUUGAUGCUGUCGACGAGAACGAAGUCAUCAAGCGUCUGCACAACAACAGAAUUUCAAAGACUACCUCGUCGAGGAAACACUGGAAUAGAACCACAUCUUUGUUACAUCACAUUUCGUUGUGGAUGGAGAGCUUUUACAAAACCGAUCCAAAAAUGCCUGGAAAGGCUUGGGAAAUUUAUAAAGGGAGGGCUAGAGCAAUUCGCGAAGAGUACAAACUCUCAUAUAAUUGCCUCAGCUACUUUGCACCACUAAUCUGUUUUGUAGACACGAAGCCUCCCUCCUAGAUUUGAUGUUUCAAUACGGACCGAGUCCCCACCUCCCUAUUUCUGAAAUUGAAGUUUUCAUAGGCAACAUCCUCGGCAAAGCAGGUGCUCCAACAUCCCGCCAACGCGAAAUAUCGAUGUCUAUGAAAGAAAGAUUUGAAGAUCUCUUUUCAUUGACUGUGAAACGGAUGACCUUGCAAGACGAAUACUUCUUCCAAAACGAGCCUUUGGCCAUUGAUUGUGAUAUUCUAAGCGUGCGUAUCAGUACAGCCUGCUUCUGGUGUUUUUUUCAUGACAAACCUAAGGCUUUUGAUAGUGGUAAGAAGGGGAGCUUGGAUCUGAGGAGUUUCGGGUAUGUGGCUGCUGCAAUGUGUCUCAAACUGAGAGGUAGAAUUGUUUCAACUUGA